AUGUCUAGGCAACCUCCUCUCGUUAUUGACAAUGGUACAGGUUACACUAAGAUGGGUUUCGCUGGUAACUCUGAACCAUCUUUUGUAUUCCCAACCGUAAUCGCUACUCAUCAAUCAGCUUCAUCCGGAUCAUCAAAUGCUUCUGCCGGCUCAGGCGCAAGAGCACCGCCUCCCAUCGCUGGUAAACCAAGCCAUCUGGCAAGUAAAAGGGGCAUAGAGGAUUUGGACUUCUUCAUUGGAGAUGAAGCUGUUGCUAAUUCAAAGACGUACUCCCUUCAUUACCCAAUUAGACAUGGUCAGAUCGAAAAUUGGGAUCACAUGGAGCGUUUCUGGGAACAAUGCAUCUUCAAGUAUCUCCGUGCGGAACCAGAGGAUCAUUACGUUUUGCUCACCGAACCUCCCCUUAAUCCCCCUGAGAACCGAGAAAACACCGCCGAGAUCAUGUUUGAGUCGUUCAACGUGCAAGGACUAUACAUUGCCGUUCAAGCUGUCCUCGCUCUCGCUGCAUCUUGGACUUCAUCAAAAGUAAACGAGCGAACUUUGACUGGUGUUGUCAUUGAUUCUGGUGAUGGUGUGACUCAUACCAUCCCCGUCGCCGAAGGUUAUGUAAUUGGCUCUUCGAUCAAACACAUUCCCAUCGCUGGUAGAGACAUCACCUAUUUCGUCCAACAGCUAUUGCGUGAUCGAGGAGAAACUGCUCAAAUUCCACCAGAGGAUCAAUUGAGAGUCGCUGAGAAAAUCAAGGAGGAUUACACCUAUGUCUGUCAGGAUAUCGUGAAGGAGUUCAAGAAGUACGACGCGGAUCCCUAUAAAUACUUUGCUAGAUUUGCAGGAGAACACAGCGUGACUGGCCGAAAAUACGACCUUGACGUUGGUUAUGAGCGAUUCCUUGCACCAGAAAUUUUCUUCAACCCCGAAAUCUACUCUUCCGACUUCCUUACCCCUCUUCCCGAAGUCGUCGACACUGUCAUCCAAACCUCACCUAUCGAUGUAAGACGAGGGCUGUACAAGAACAUAGUGUUGAGUGGAGGAUCUACCAUGUUCAAGGAUUUCGGUAAGAGGUUGCAGCGGGACGUGAAAGCUAUUGUAGAUGGAAGAAUUGCAGGAAGCGAGGAGAGAUCCGGAAGUCAUCUUAAAUCAAGCGGAGUAGAGGUCAAUGUCAUCUCCCACAAACGACAAAGAUACGCUGUCUGGUAUGGAGGUAGUUUGAUGGCUUCCACGCCUGAAUUUUACAAUGUCUCGCACUCCAGAGUAGAUUAUGAGGAAUAUGGUCCUUCUCUCGUUCGACGAUUCUCAGUGUUUGGCAGUGCAGUAUAA